AUGGCUAAAUUAAAUUUGCUUCUUCUCGCCGGUUGGGCGGCGAAGCUAGCGGCGGCAAAGGACGUUUACCUUGACUGGAAUAUCACUUGGGUCAAUGCUUCUCCAGAUGGAUUUGAGAGGCCAGUGAUUGGUAUUAAUGGCCAAUGGCCAUGUCCUCAGGUUGAUGUCGACGUUGGCGAUCGUCUUAUCGUAGACGUGUACAAUGGCCUGGGGAACCAGUCUACCGGAAUCCACUGGCAUGGGAUCCGUCAGUUUGGUACUGGUUCUAUGGAUGGCGCAUCUUCGACUACUCAAUGCCCACUUCCUCCGGGUGAGCACAUGCAGUAUAGCUUCGAUGUCAAUCAAACUGGAACCUACUGGUACCACUCGCACACCAUGGGACAGUAUCCCGACGGUCUCCGUGGUCCCCUGAUUGUCCAUGAUCCCAGCCCACCAUUCCAAUACGACGAGGAAAUCACGAUCACUUUGAGUGAUUGGUAUCAUGGCCAAAUGGUAGAUCUGCUACAGCAGUACCAGUCCCAGCAGAACGAAGCGGCUUUCAUGGGCAAUGAGCCCAUCCCCGACUCGGCCUUGAUCAACGAUUCUACCAAUACCAAGAUAAAAAUACUACCAAACAAGACUUAUCUUGUUCACGUGGUGUGUCUUGCCAACUGGCCCGGUCACGCCUGGGUUCUCGAUGGCCAUGAAAUGACUGUCGUUGAAGUCGAUGGUGUUUACACCGAGCCAUACCCCGUUGGUGAUAAGAUGCUACGUGUUGCUCCCGGACAGCGUACCAGUGUUCUAUUCCGCAGCAAGCCUGAUACAAGCAAGAAUUUCGCUAUCUGGGAUACUAUGGAUAUCAACAUGAUGUUCAUCUACGAGAACCGUGCUAUCCCCGCAAACUAUAACCCCAAUGCGACUGCCUACCUCGUGUACGACGAGUCGAAGCCUUUGCCAGCACCUCCUUCCUUCAAUGAGUUGAUCUUCGUGGACGAUGUUGAGUUUGUGCCUGCUGAUCGCCAGCCUCUGCUCCAGCCUGUGAACCACCAGAUUAUCCUUGACACUGACCAUGCUGUGAUUGACGGACGCAGUCGUUUCACCAUCAACAAUAAGACUUAUAUCCCUCAGGAGGUUCCAACCCUUUACACAGCCAAUACUGUCGGCUCCGAACUUGCUUCAAACCCUGAAGUGUAUGGGGAUGUCAACCCUAUUAUUGUGAAGCAUGGUGAGGUUGUUGAACUUGUUAUCAACAACCAUCACAACAACCUGCAUCCAUGGCAUUUGCACGGUCAUCAGUUCCAGGUCCUUCAACGCUCUGCUGUUGAUGGUGGAUACUUCAAUGGCCAGUACUUCAAGAAUAAUUCUCAGACACCCGUUCGCCGUGAUACGAUCAUGGUCCAAAACCACGGCCACACUGUCUUGCGCUUCCGUGCCGAUAACCCUGGCGUGUGGCUGCUUCACUGUCACAUUGAAUGGCACGUAGAGGCCGGUCUGACUGCAACCAUUAUUGAGGCUCCCGAAACCUUCCCCCAGUCUGUUAACCCCCCACCGCAAAGUCAUUAUGGCGCUUGCAACGCUUACGGGUCACCCAAAUCUGGAAACGCCGCUGGCCAUAAGGGCCUGGAUUUAAAUGGCGCAAACACCCAGAUCGGCGAUGAUCAUGGUGCCAUGUACCCACCACCAGGUGAAGCUGCAGCUCCUGCUCCUCAGCCAGAGACAUCCGCGCCUUCUGCUCCUGCUCCCGCCCAGCAAUCUCCGCCGCCCGUAGCAGCACCAGCACCAGCACCAGAGCCUACUCAGCCUGAAUCCCCUCCAGCGCCCCCUGUUCAGCCUGCCCCCAAGCCCACUCAUACCCACAGGCCACCACCCUGGCAGCCAGCCCCUCAAGUACCUCCUGCUGAAGCCCCUGCUCCUGCUCCCCAAGCUCCGGCUCCUCAGGCUCCGGCUCCUCAGGCUCCGGCUCCUCAGGCCCCAGCCCCAGCGCAGCCUGCACCUCAAGUCGUUCCUGAGUACUCCGAGCCCGAGCCUGUUGAGGUGGUCCCCACUUACCCUCCUCCUCAUGACGAGCCUGUCUAUGCUCAUUCACACGACUCCAAGGGACCAUGGCCCCAGCCCCACGUUGACCAGAACCAUGCCCAGAUUGGAAAUGGCCACGACGGUCGACCCCCAACCUAUGGCCACACAGAAGACACCAAGGGCCCAUGGCCAAAUCCACACAACGACGUGUCUCAAGCUCAGGUUCCCGAUGGUCCUGAUGGAAAGCCCAUCGUUGCUCACACGGAUGACACCAAGGGACUUUGGCCUCACCCUCACAACAACAACGAAUAUGUCAAGGAGGGCGGCCACACUAUUCACCCUGCUCCAGACUCUGGUCCCAAUGAUCUUCCUGAAGGUUUCCAGUAUUGGGGACAGUAUACAGAGUAG